AUGUCAAUUCUUGAUCCCGUCAUCUAUCCCCAUCUGAAAGUGAGCGUGCCUUCAUUUUUAAUAAAAACUUACGAAAUAUUGGAAGUAUUUUGACUAUAUCAUCUUUAAGAAUGAAUCAUUAUCGAAUCUCAUAUCCUGGAAUAAGGAAGGAACAGCCUUUAUUGUAUACAAUCCUCAUGAGUUGUCAUCAAAAGUUUUGGCCAACUAUUUUAAACAUAAAAAUUAUCCUAGCUUUCUAAGGUAAGAGAGCACAUUUAUGUAGAUAACUAAACAUGUACAAUUUUAAAAAGACUAGAAAUCAAUAUGGAUCUAGUGAAUUUAGACAUAAGUGGUUCAGAAAGGGCUAAAAGUAUAAUUAAAUUAAUUCUUACCUUUAGAAACAUGAUCUAGUAUAUCAGACGUAGAAAUCAAGAGGAAUCAGAUUUAAAAAUAGAAACUUUAGAGUAAAAAAAUCAUGAGCUUGAUUAUUAUAAAUAAGAACAUGAAAAUAUGAAAAUUUUGCUCCAAGAUCUUCACGAGAGUCAUAAAAAUAUGCAAUUGAAUUUGUCUAAAACCAUAGAUUAGUCAAAUACUUUAAAUAGAUAAAAUUUUAUCACUCUGCAAGUAUGAAAAAUACCUUAAUUAUAGACAAUUCAUUAAACAUAAUUAGAAUUCAAUAAAAAGUAUGAUUAUGUGACCAUCAUGCUCACAAAUGUCUUGGCCAAUCUUCCAAACAUAUGUAUGAUUUAUCAACUUAAAAAUACAGUAACAAAUUUCAAGGAGAUAAUCAAAGUGUGUUAGGAAGAGACGAAUUUCCAACAGACUUUACUAUCCUUAGAAAAUGGAACGCCAUCGCAAUACCCUUAAAUUUUACCCUACAAUUAAUACUAAUUUUAUACCCAAAAACAAUAGCCAUGUAUUUUGUGUUGAUAUAAAAUUUCAAGUUUAUUUUUACGACUAGAAAUAAUUUUACUACAAAAAUGCCCCCCAGCUAGCCAUAACUGACGUGUAGAACAAUUAUUAUUGUAUUCUUCUUAUUCAACUUAGCCCCAACAAGUUACUCAGUGUCAAACAGUCAACAAAAUUCUCCAUACAGAAUCUAAAGCACCUCAAAACAAUAGUAUCUUUUAGAUAAAGUAAAUACAGAUUAGGUAUAAAUUACUCUAUUUUUAGUAUAGUUUAUAUCAAUAAGUAUGA